AUGGCCUCGCUGGACCUGCCCUACCGCUGCCCCCGCUGCGGGGAGCACAAGCGCUUCCGGAGCCUGUCGUCGCUGCGCGCGCACCUGGAGUACAGCCACACGUACGAGACGCUCUACAUCCUCUCCAAGACCAACAGCAUUUGCGACGGCGCCGCGGCGGCCGCGGCUGCCGCCGCCGCCGCCGCCUCCGGUUUCCCUCUGGCGCCUGAGCCUGCCGCCCUGCUGGCCGUGCCAGGCGCCCGGCGCGAGGUCUUCGAGAGCACGUCCUUCCAGGGCAAGGAGCAGGCGGCCGGGCCGUCCCCCGCGGCGCCACACCUGCUGCACCACCAUCACCACCACGCACCCCUCGCCCACUUCCCUGGCGACCUGGUGCCCGCCAGCCUGCCCUGCGAGGAGCUGGCUGAGCCGGGCCUCGUGCCCGCCGCCGCCGCGCGCUACGCGCUCCGCGAGAUCGAGAUCCCGCUGGGGGAGCUAUUCGCCCGCAAGUCCGUGGCCUCCUCGGCGUGCUCGACGCCGCCGCCCGGGCCUGGCCCCGGGCCCGCCUCUGCCUCACCCGCGUCUCCCUCGCCCGCCGAUGUGGCUUACGAAGAGGGCCUGGCUCGCCUCAAGAUCCGCGCGCUGGAGAAGCUGGAGGUGGACCGACGGCUGGAGCGGCUGAGCGAGGAGGUGGAGCAGAAAAUCGCGGGCCAGGUGGGCCGGCUUCAGGCCGAGCUGGAGCGCAAGGCGGCGGAGCUGGAGACUGCGCGGCAGGAGAGCGCGCGGCUGGGGCGCGAGAAGGAGGAGCUGGAGGAGCGCGCUUCCGAGCUCUCGCGCCAGGUGGACGUGAGUGUGGAGCUGCUGGCCUCGCUCAAGCAGGACCUGGUGCACAAGGAACAGGAGCUGAGCCGCAAGCAGCAGGAGGUGGUGCAGAUUGACCAGUUCCUGAAGGAGACGGCGGCGCGGGAGGCCAGCGCCAAGCUGCGGCUGCAGCAGUUCAUCGAGGAGCUCCUCGAGCGGGCCGACCGCGCCGAGCGGCAGCUGCAGGUCAUCAGCAGCAGCUGUGGCAGCACUCCCAGUGCCAGCCUGGGCCGCGGAGGUGGGGGAAGUGGUGCUGGGCCCAGUACCCGGGGCCCAGGCAGGACGCGAGAACACCACGCGGGCCUGGCCAUGCCUAGCACAUACGCGGUGUCACGGCAUGGCUCCUCUCCCAGCACAGGGGCCUGCAGUCGCAUCCCAGCUGCAUCCCAGAGCUCAGGCUGCUAUGACAGUGACAGUCUGGAGCUGCCCCGGCCAGAAGAGGGGGCCCCUGAGGACAGUGGCCCCGGGGGCUUGGGCACACGGGUCCAGGCUGCCAACGGCGGCUUGGAGCGGGCCCAGCCCCCUCGCAGCUCAGGCCUGCGGCGCCAGGCCAUCCAGAACUGGCAGCGCAGACCUCGCCGACACAGCACGGAGGGGGAGGAAGGUGACGUCUCGGAUGUGGGCUCCCGAACCACCGAGUCAGAGGCUGAGGGCCCCUCGGAUGCCCCCCGCCCUGGGCCUGCUAUGGCUGGGCCGUUGAGCAGCUGCCGGCUCUCUGCCCGCCCUGAGGGAGGCAGUGGGCGGGGUCGGCGAGCCGAGAGGGGCAGCCCCUCACGCUCCAAUGAGGUCAUCAGCCCGGAGAUCCUCAAGAUGCGAGCCGCCCUGUUCUGCAUCUUCACCUACCUGGACACGCGCACACUGCUACAUGCCGCCGAGGUCUGCCGGGACUGGCGCUUUGUGGCCCGCCACCCUGCCGUCUGGACACGGGUGCUGCUUGAGAACGCCCGCGUCUGUUCCAAGUUCUUGGCAAUGCUGGCUCAGUGGUGCACCCAGGCCCACUCGCUGACACUGCAGAACCUGAAGCCCCGGCAGCGGGGCAAGAAGGAGAGCAAAGAAGAGUAUGCCCGGAGUACCCGGGGCUGUCUGGAAGCAGGGCUAGAGUCUCUGCUGAAGGCGGCUGGGGGGAAUCUGCUGAUCCUGCGCAUCUCCCACUGUCCCAACAUCCUCACUGACCGUUCGCUCUGGCUGGCCAGCUGCUACUGCCGCGCCCUGCAGGCUGUCACCUACAGAAGCGCCACAGACCCGGUGGGCCACGAGGUCAUUUGGGCCCUGGGCGCAGGCUGCAGAGAGAUUGUCUCCCUCCAGGUGGCGCCACUUCACCCCUGCCAGCAGCCCACGCGCUUCAGUAACCGCUGCCUACAGAUGAUCGGUCGCUGUUGGCCCCACCUCCGGGCCCUGGGCGUCGGGGGUGCCGGCUGUGGGGUGCAGGGCCUGGCAUCACUCGCGAGAAACUGCAUGCGACUGCAGGUCCUGGAGCUGGACCACGUGUCGGAGAUCACCCAAGAGGUGGCGGCUGAGGUCUGCCGGGAAGGCCUGAAGGGACUGGAGAUGUUGGUGCUCACGGCCACCCCUGUCACCCCCAAGGCCCUGCUGCAUUUCAACAGCAUCUGCCGGAACCUCAAGUCCAUUGUGGUCCAGGUUGGGAUUGCCGAUUAUUUCAAAGAGCCCAGCAGCCCUGAGGCCCAGAAGCUGUUUGAGGACAUGGUGACAAAACUCCAGGCCCUACGGCGGAGGCCCGGCUUCUCUAAGAUCCUGCACAUCAAGGUGGAAGGCGGCUGCUAACCCGGGUGG